UCCCUUCAAAAUGUUUAAACUCAGAUCUAAAGUUACUAAUAAUUCUACUGUAAAGUUGGGAAGUUUUCGGUUACAUCGGUUGGAGCCCGAUCGCACGCACCUCUCUUUAACUAACCUUGCAUCCGAACUUCGCAGUUUCAAAUCCCGGGCGUGUGGUUAUGCCGCGACAACAACAAAAGGGAGGCAGAUGAUUAGUAAUCAUCAAACAGAUAAAUAGUACCUCCUGAGUAGAGAACAAGAGCGAGGUGGACGACGUUCAUUGCCCCAGAAGACCAAUUGUCUUGCUUUAAAUAUACUGAGUUGGACUCACCAGCAAUGGAGUCAUCAACAACAGUCCUAGCGAGCGACGGCUCCGAGACGGCUCCCCUACUGGGCUCCCGGAACGGAUCUUCCAACGAAGCGGCAUCGUACAACAGCAUACCACCGACAAACUCACCCGAUGCUCCGAGGAAUAACACUCCCGAGGCGGAAAAUGCCUCCGGAACCAUCUCCAACGACGAGCCCGCGAAACCCGCGGUGAAAAUGGCGGCGCUCAUGCCGGCGCUGGCUACAGGUAUCUUCCUAGUCGCGCUCGACCAGACGCUCACGAUAGCCACCUACGGCCGGAUCGGCAGCGAGUUGCAGGCGCUGAACAGCACGAGCUGGAUCGCGACGUCGUACUUCCUCACGCUGACGACGUUCCAGCCGCUCUACGGCAAGCUGAGCGACAUCUUCGGGCGCAAGGCGUGUCUGCUGUUCGCGUACGCCGUCUUCGGCCUGGGAUGUCUGGGCUGUGGGCUUGCGAGGGAUAUCGUCGAGUUGUGUGUUGCGCGGGCUGUGCAGGGUGUUGGGGGUGGUGGGAUGAACGCCGUAGUCACCAUCCUCGUGACAGACCUCGUCUCGCUGCGCGAACGCGGCGUCUGGCAGGGCUACAUAAACAUCAUCUGGGCAGUCGGGAUGUCGACCGGGGCCCCGAUCGGCGGGCUCUUCGCCGACAACAUCGGGUGGCGCUGGGCCUUCAUCCUCCAAAGCCCAAUCGCACUCAUAGCAUUCACAUCCGUCUACAUGGUCCUGCACCUCCCUCACACAGACCACUCCCACUGGAGCGCCAAGUUCCUCCGGAUCGACUUCAUCGGGGCCUUCACGCUCGUCUCCGCCGUCUUCCUCCUCUUAUUCGGCCUCGACAACGGGAGCAACGAAGGCUGGGACAAAGAGAUCACGUACAUCCCCCUCGCGCUGACCCCGGUCCUCUUCAUCGUGUUCGUCCUCGUCGAAGCCUACGUCGCGAAGGAGCCCUUCGCGCCCGGCCACGUCAUCUUCGACCCGCCUUUGCUCGCCGCGUACGGCGCCAAUUUCUUCGGCGUCGCGGGCCAGAUGGGGUUGUACUUCUUCAUCGCGCUGUUCUUCCAGGCCGCGGUCGGUCUGUCCGCGACUCGGUCCGGGCUGGUCUUCAUUCCGAGCACGCUCUUCUCGCUGUCUGGGUCCCUGGGCGGAGGGAUCACGAUGAGGCGCACGGGGAGGUUCUUCUGGCUUACUCUGACGGGGUACUGCCUUGCGAUACUGGGGUGCGUGCCGAUGGUCAUAGGCGCAGGGCAGCGGUCGGCCAUCAUUACCAUUGCUGGUCUUGCUGUAGUCGCGCUCGGAAGCAGUAUCUCGAUUACCUCGACCCUGAUCGCCAUAAUCGCCAACGUGGCGCCCGAAGACACAGCCGUGGCCAUCGCGUGCUCCUAUCUCUUCCGCUCCCUGGGCACGACGAUAGGCAUUAGCGUCACGACGGCCACGCUGCAGCAGAUGCUCCGCGUGAAUCUAGCCGAGCGGCUAGGCGGCGCAGAUCGUGCCAGGGAGAUCGAGGAGCAGGUCCGUCUGAGUCUGGACUAUAUACGGAAGCUCGAUCCGGAAGUCGCGAUCAUCGUGCGGAAGUGUUACGCUAUCGCGACGCAGUGGGCUUUCGUCCCUGUUGCGGUUUUCGCGGGCCUCGCUAUCGUCUCGUCGUUGUUCAUCAAGGAGAAGAAGCUCGAUAGGUAGCUGGUCUAUAUGUGCGGUUUAGAGAAACGGUCGGAGACAACACUUUGAAACAAUGUGUCAAGUUUAACGUUUUAUGAAACAGCAUUGAUGAUGUUAUGAAAUUGAGCCUGAUUGAUAUCAACUGGCACAUGACGGAAUAUAGAUACAUCAUACUUUAGGUAUUAGAGCUACUGGCAUCGAAAAGAGCCCCAUUUCCAUAGAGGGCUAUUCAUGAGUAGACAAAAUUGAGAUAUAUAGCAGUCAUCUUUCACAAAUCACGCGAGUCUGAUCAUACGAUACGGAUCAUAACUUUCAC